UUCUCAGGCGAGACGAUGGAGGCGGCCACCCCGACCCGCCCUCCCCACGCCGCCCCGUCCUCCUCCCCGUCCCCGUCGCCGGCGUCGCUGCGCCAGUGGCGGCCGGCGGCGCAGCGCAACCUGCGGAACCAGUGGUCGCGCCUGCUCGCCGCCAAGGCCCGGUGGCUGUCCGCCGCCGCCGACGGCCGCUCCCACGCCUCCGCCCUCGUCAACGCCCACCUCUCCCGCAGUUACAGGUACAUGCCGGGCAUGGAUUUGGGGGUGCUCAAGGACAUGCCCGGGAUCCGCGAGAAGGCGAGCGGUAAGCUUGCGCGCAGGGAGGAGCAAUGCCAGAGCAUGCUUCUAUCGGCCUAUAGGGAGAUGGUCCUUGCUACGGCCGAGUUGGUUAGAGCUUCUCACUCUAUGCGUUGUUUUUCCAAAGUAGCCGCGAAUAGUCCGUUGAUACGGUUUACUGAGCGCCAAGAUGAUAUGAAUGAUUCGGGGGACGGAGGAGGAUCCCCUGUAUUCAAAUGGUUCUCCGUAUUAGAAUUCGAGAAUCUUGCUCAAGAACUUGUCGAUAUGUUCAUUUCAGAACUGCAAUUGAAGAGAUUGCUUGUCUUGGAACUCCUCUCGGUAACCUUCAAGGAAGGUGUACAACAUGACGCAUCAUUAGAAUGGUCCAAUGAGCUAUUUGAUGGGGAGUUCAAUGAGUUUCAGAGUAUUGGCCUUCUGUCAGGAGAUAGCUACGCACUGCCCAAAAAUUGGAGUGCUGGUGUCUCAAAGGCAUGGCAACCUGAUCAAACCCCAUCCCAUGAGGUUUUACAGGUUUAUUUGACUUCUUGGCUUGCUAAUGUGAACAUCAAGACAAGCAGAAUUGAUGAAAUAUUUGAGCUUGUCGGGGAGGAGAUGCAGAUAAAAUUGUCUUGAGGAUUCUGAUGCGUAUGACUUAUAACUUCUUUGACGCAGAGAAGUACGAUGUGGCGGCUCCUCAUGCUGGCUGAUUGCUGCUGCUGCUGUCGUCUCUCCCUUUGGUUUUCUUUUGGGAGUACUGUUUGCUUUAGAUAACAGAGGCCGGCCGUCAACGUGGGGACUAUGCCACUAUAUAUGGUCCAGGAACUCUUCCAAGCUGAGUACUUGACUUUUGUUAUACUCAUAUACUAUAAGCCAUGUAGAGUAAGUUUGGUAUUUAUUUAUGAACAUAUGCACCAAAGCUUCCACUAAUCCACUCCUACUGCUGAUCGAGCAAGAAAAUAUUCUAGUGGUUCUUAAAUAACUCUAUUAUCAUAAGUUAUUUUGUGGUAUGAUGAAUUCUCGGAUUGAGCCUUAUGAUAUGUUGUUGUGCGAGUGAUAUCAUAUUAGAUCUGGAAGGUGUUCAAAUCUGUCUAGUAUUCAAGUAAUAGGAUUUUUACCGGGUACUAUGCAUUUCAAGAUUCAGAGAACUUUAUUAAUUUUGACAAACAAGAAGUUCAACAAUAUGCAUGUUUACACUGUAGUCAGAUUUGAGAGUACUUUUACAGCAUGGUUUGUAGA